AUGGAAGAUCUUCCUGGCGCCGAAUCUCCUCCCGUCAACGACGUCGGCCACGAGCCUGCUGGCAACGACGACNCCCAGGAUCCCCUUCGCCCUGAGAUCGAGGAAGAAGAUGCUGCCCGCACUCCACCAAUCGCCGACCCUCACCAAGACACCGAGCUCGCCGAAGACGACCAGAACCCACAGUUGUCAAUGCCCGGAGCCGCCGACAAUGAUGACAACGACGCCGACUCAGACGCGUUGAGCGAUGUCGAUGAAGCCCAGUUCCAGGACUUCGACCCAAACGCCAUCGCUAUUGAGGAGCGCCCGAGGGUUGUGGAUGCUAGUGGUGUUGCGCUGCUUGGAAAACACAAGCGCAAGCGUGAUGACGCUGAUGGGGAGGGCAAGAGAAAGCGUAGAGAGGGCCGUCGUGAAAAGCCAAAGCGUAGCAAGCGUACUGGCGAGGAUGGUCAAGAUUUUGAUGGCGAUGAAGAGGGCGAAGGACGCAGGAGAAAGACAAAAGCGCCUGGCGAGAAGCGCAAGAAGAGAACACCUAGCCCCGAGGACGACUCGAACCUGACACCAGAAGAGAGUGAGANNCGCAGAAAGGAGUUCUCUCGCAAGCUAGACGAGGCCCUCAAGAAGCCCAAGACAAACAACAGACGCAAGGCUGGUAUCGAUCUGGAGCAGAUGGCCGAUUCCGAGCUCGAAGAGAUGCGUCGUCGUAUGGCCGAAGCCGCCCAAGCCGACACACAAGCGCGCGACGAAGGAAAGCCUGCUAUGCACAAGCUUAAACUCCUCCCAGAGGUUGUCGCCCUGCUGAACCGCAACACGCUGCAAAACGCCCUCGUAGAUCCGGAUAUCAACCUCCUCGAGUCUGUCCGCUUCUUCCUCGAGCCUCUCAACGAUGGCUCACUGCCCGCCUACAACAUCCAGCGCGAGCUGUUUGCCUGUCUGGCCAAACUCCCCAUCUCANAAGACGCCCUCGUCGCCUCGGGCAUUGGCAAAGUCACCCACUUCUACACGCGCAGCACCAAAGCCGAACCGGGCAUCAGACGCCAGGCCGAGAAGCUGGUCGGCGAAUGGACGCGUCCUAUCCUCAAGCGCACUGAUGACUUCCGCAAGCGCGAGUUCGUAGAGGCCACCUACGAUCCUAGCCAACAGCCCAUGCGUAGCACGCAGACCGUUGACAAGGCUGCCCGCGCCGCUGCGGCCAGAAAAGCAGCUCUGGCUUACCCUACCACCACUAACCGUGCUCGUGUCGAUGGCGGUCUCGGUACCUACACCAUCGUGCCCAAGAGCGAUCUCACAAGAGCUGCACCCGGUGUUCGCCGUUUGGGUGCUGCUGGAGAUGAGCUUGCUCGUAAGUUGCAGGCCCGUUCCAAGCAGCAGAGGAGAUAG